AUGCGUUCUCUGGGACAUGUUAUUCCAAUUGAGGUCUCAUGUUUGACGAAAUUGGUUACUAUUGAUUUCUCUGUGUUUUACCUUGGAGUUCCUACGCUGAAACUUGAGAACCCAAAUCUAAGAAUGCUGGUUCAGAACCUGACAGAGCUUAGAGAACUCUAUCUUAAUGGUGUAAACAUAUCGGCACAUUGGAAGGAAUGGUGCCAGGCAUUAUCAUCUUCAGUGCCUAAUCUCCAAGUGCUGAGCUUGGCAAGCUGUUAUCUUUAUGGCCCUCUUGAUUCUUCUCUGCAGAAGCUUCAGUCUCUCUCAAGCAUUCGCCUGGAUAGUAACAACUUCUCUGCUCCUGUUCUAGAAUUCCUAGCCAAUUUCUCGAAUUUGACUCAAUUGCGGCUCAGUUCUUGUGGAUUAUAUGGAACAUUUCCAGAAAAGAUCUUUCAGGUACCAACCCUUCAGAUUCUUGAUUUGUCAAACAACAAGUUGCUCCUGUGUUCUUUGCCGGAAUUCCCUCAGAAUCGAUCUCUAGGAACUCUGGUGCUCUCGGAUACAAAAUUUUCAGGGAAAGUAUCAAACUCCAUAGGCAAUCUCAAGAGGUUGACUAGGAUAGAGCUUGCAGGUUGUGAUUUCAGUGGAGCAAUUCCAAACUCGAUGGCAGACCUUACACAACUGGUUUACUUGGACUUAUCUUAUAACAAGUUUUCCGGUCCAAUCCCACCUUUUAGUUUGUCCAAGAACCUGACCCGAAUAAACCUUUCUCAUAAUUAUUUAACGGUUCCAAUUCCUUUCUCUCACUUGGAUGGUCUUGUAAAUCUAGUGACUCUUGACUUACGAGACAAUUCACUGAAUGGAAGUCUCCCCAUGCUCCUGUUUUCCCUCCCAUCACUGCAGAAGAUACAACUGAGCAACAACCAAUUUUCUGGUCCCUUGAGUAAAUUUUCAGUUGUGCCUUUUUCUGUACUGGAGACCCUUGAUUUGAGUAGCAACAAUUUGGAAGGGCCAAUACCCGUAUCUGUCUUUGAUCUCCACUGUCUUAACAUCCUUGAUCUUUCUUCCAACAAAUUUAAUGGCACUGUUUUACUAAGCAGCUUUCAGAAACUUGGAAAUCUUACCAACCUUAGUCUGUCAUACAACAACUUGUCCAUCAAUUCAAGUGUUGGUAAUCCCACUUUGCCCCGGCUGUUGAAUCUUACCACAUUAAAAUUGGCUUCUUGCAAGCUUCGAACAUUACCUGAUCUUAGCACCCAUCAAGAUUGA